CGACGACUCAGCCAGCCCAACCUAGCCCAGUCCAGCUGCACAAGAGUCCGGGCACCAUAUCUCCCGCGGGAAGAUUUUUCUCUCGCGCGUCAGCUUGUGAAAAGAAAGAGAUGUGUUUAUCCUUUUUCGCGGCGGAGGCAUCGUACUUGUACUCCUGUCGUUGUCGUGGAGAUUCCUGAGUAUACAGCAACAUGUCGCUGAAUUACGGUCUUCCCGUCCCGCUGGAGAUUCUCCAGGCGAUUCUCCUCGCAUUGGAUCUCGAGAGCUUCUAUCUCGCGUCAUUGGCAUGUAGCCUCUGGCGCCGCGCAGCGUUAAGUCCGGCGAUCUUGCGCCGGCAGCUUUUGACUGUGCCGGCUCUUGCAGGGUUGAGAGGAUUGAUACGGGAUGCAACAUCAGAGGAGAUUGGCGCUCUAUAUCGCCGCGUCUGCCGAGAGAAUCUCAUCGGAUAUCGGAAAGGGAUUGAAUAUACAGAGACGAAUACCGCAAAAGACCGCUCGACACGGAUUGGCGACAUCCCUGUGCGGUCGCCGAAUGGCGUCUUCGCAGCGCAGCUGCGUGGGUUGACGCUUAGCCUCGACACAUCACCUGGUCUAUGGACAUGUAAAGCCCGCGAACUCCAGCUCAGCCCAACGCUGUACCCCGGCGCCGACACCGUUAAACAGAUUGCAAGCCACGCCCAGAUGCGCUCAUUCUUCCGCGCCCGAUCAUUCGCUCGCAUGCAGGUUGCAAUGUCGCGGUGCGGCGGCCUUGUCGCUGUUGCGCUGGGCCAGAGAGUACACAUCUACGCCUUGAAACCAGAAAAGCAGCAGCAUGUCGAAGUUGAGAUUACCGAUAGCGUCCUGGACUCGAUACAGAGCCUCGAAUUUACCGACGAUGACGAGUUACUGCGCUGCGAGAUUGAUGGCGUCGAGGGGAGCUACGUCCGAUACCUUGGUCAUAGGCGGUGCGGGUGUCAUCAACCGAGGAAAGCACGUGGGCCGAAACCGGUUAGUACGCCGGGGCAGAGAAUCAGGUACUGGCUUGUGGCGUUGCAGAAUGUAUACCUGGACUCUGUGGAUGUUGAGAGGAGGUUAGGCGGUGGUGCCUCGCUGCGCGGGAUGCGGGCUGUCAAGGCGCCGGCCCCACGGGGAGAGGAAUGUACAUGUCGAUCGGCCAAGUACUUUUUCGCCCUUCUUCGAGAGGGAUCGUGUCAAGGGCGGUAUGUUGUCGGUCGUGUUUUUGGUGAUGGGAUUGUGGAUAUCGUACAGCAGAUCCCGACGCGUCAGGUAUCAACAUAUGCAGAGACUGUGGACGAGACGGCAGGAGCAGGAGCAAUAUUACUGGCGACGCGGUUUGGCCGAUGGGACGCACGGAAUCUCCCUACGGCACACUCGCCCGACCCGAUCCUUUACGUCUCCGACGAUGGAAAGAUUCUCGCCGUGUUCGAGCGUCCGCAUGGGCAGUCUCAGGGCAUGAUAUACAUUUGUUCCGCGGAGUCUGAUUGGUCCGGUGGAGAUAUAUUUGGGACAUCUGUUGCGUGGCCAUUUGCGCUUUGUGCUUUGGAUACUGAGCUUGGGUCUCUGUCUGUUUCGAGAGGUGAUGAUUGGGGAUACAUUAUUGCUGCUCAGUCACAGGGGCAGGUGAUGCAGUGGAGACUUGGACCGAUGUUGAUUUGA